CAUUACAGAAACUCGUACCAAACUCCGGGAAUUUUGCCAGUGGACCGCGCCCGCGGCGGUAGCGAGAUGGCUCCAUCUCCAAUGGCACAAGCCGGUUGCAGCGGCCGGCGACGGUUCGCGGUGGCGUGCAGCGUGCUGAGCCUGUGCGUCAGGGCUGAGACAGCGGCAGCGGCAGCGGCAGCCCAUUCUCGUUCCGUGGCACAAGCGCAGGCUGGUGCUGCGUCCCCGAUGCUUCUUAUGCCGGGCGCCGACGUUGUCAGCGACGAGACUGUGCCGACGCCAGCGCCAGCGCAGCUAACCAUCGUGUACGGCGGGCGCGUGCAGGCGUUCAGCGACGUCAGCGCGGACAGGGCGGCGGAGGUGAUGCGCGUCGCCGCUCGCCAAGACAUGCCGCCGGCGGGUGGACUGGCCGACCUGCAGGUGGCCAGGAAGGCGUCGCUGAAGCGGGUUAUGGGGAAGAGGCGGGACAGGCUCGGCGCGCGCGCGCCGUACGCCCCUGCCCGCCCGCCGCCACCCAAGGAGCAGCAGGAAAAAGACGCUGACAUAUGGCUUGGGCUGGGUAUCUCUGGAUAAAGCGACUUCUGUUGUACGUCGUCUCGACGUCGCCGCCGUGAACUGGCCGUUUUUUCUCCUUUCUCAUCAGUGAAUGACGCCGCGUGUUGUCUUUAUUGAUUGUAUAUUGUACAAUUUGCCGAUUCGUUGACGUAUACACAAAACACAAAAUGCUAUUAUGUUAAGCUUAGAAA